AUGGCACUGAACGGCAACCCAUACUGGAAGCCACAUUACAGAGCGUGGGGCAGCACCGAGGUCCAUCUCACCUUGUACUCGGACUCGUCGGCCUCCGCUGACGAUCCCAGGUACAGCAAUUGCGUGAAGUUCACCGUCAAAUGGCGCCAGCUCGUGCAGCGGGUCGGCGCUCCAACCCGAUCUGAAUACGAGCGCCGCCUCCCCCCGGGCCAUCACACCUGGGUGGAGGACCUCGACUCCUUCACCAACCCCGAGCGCACUCCAACCUGGCGGGCCUUAGCGGCGAGCCUCGUCUCCAUCCCUCACAUCCGUCACGAAGCCCGCAACUUCAUCGAGGAAACCAUCCUCGUGGAGUCCCGCGACGCUGCUCGCCGGGCGGCCGCCCAGCGCCACCAGAUAAUGUGGGUCGUAGCCGACUGGGACAUCAAGUCCCGCAUCCCUUACUGGCCUCAUGUGCAACACUUCGGCCGAAGGGACCGAGACCAUGAUGAUCCCCACCAAGGAGCGGCCGGCAGCGGUGCCGGCGACCCGAAUCUCGCGGUCGCCAACUUCAUGGGUCGAGGUUCGCCGACGAGAUGCACCGUCUGCCUUGGCGACCUAGAGAGCGGUUCUUUGGCCGGGUGGCUGCCAUGUAGCCACGUGUUCCACCCGGUGUGCAUUACCCAGUGGCUGCAGACCAGCAGGCUCUGCCCCAUCUGCCGGCUUCAAUUGCCAUGAAGAUCAUGUCAUGUGAAAUUAAGAGAAGUCAAGUAGCAAAUUCAGUGCGUGUUUCUUUAG